GAAAGAUUUUAGCAUACGCGCCACUGCCGAAACCCUUCCCCUUCCCCUUCAGCAGAAGGCGCUCACUUAUUUUUGAACAAAACCCUAAAUCUCCGGCGACGUUUUACUCGCAACGAUGAAGCUCGUCAGGUUUUUGAUGAAAUUGAACAACGAGACAGUGUCGAUUGAGCUAAAAAAUGGAACCGUUGUUCACGGCACAAUCAUCGGUGUUGAUAUCAGUAUGAAUACUCACUUAAAGACAGUAAAGCUUACUUUGAAGGGAAAGAAUCCUGUGACUAUGGAUCACCUGAGUGUGAGGGGUAAUAAUAUUCGCUAUUACAUCCUUCCCGAUAGCUUGAAUCUCGAGACGUUGCUUGUGGAAGAGACACCUCGGGUGAAGCCCAAGAAGCCCACUGCAGGAAGAGCUGUUGGACGUGGCAGAGGCCGUGGCCGUGGGCGCGGGCGUGGCAGAGGCCGCUAAGUAUUAUUCCCAUCAUCUAAAUUUAUUGCUGGCCUUUUGUUAUGUAAACAUCUGUAUUAAGAACUGAACUAGCUAAAUGACUUGAAUAUGAUCGGCGCGUUGUUUACUGGUAAAGAUCAUUUCAAUAUUAAUGACCUUUGGCUUAAUUGAUCA